GAAUGUGUUUUGCCACAAAACCCUAAACCCUAAAUUCUUAUCAGUCAGUCUCUCGUCGCUGAGAGAGGGGGAGGGAGAGGGAGGGGGGGAAUCCUCAGUGCAGCAGCGCGGUUGGUGAUGAUGAUGCUAACGUUGAAGGGUCGGGUUUCUAAGCAUUUGUUAUAUCAAUCGCCAUCGACUAUUCAUUCAACGUUGCCCCUUUUGAUGAGGUUAUGCUCCUUUAGUUCAAUCGAUAUCGAUGGUGCUGGUGGUGGUGCGGGUCGAAGACAACCCUUGAAAGGAGAACAAGGCACAAUCAGCAGCGGCGCAGCAGCUUUUGCCCGUAGUAGCACCGAGCCUGCCGAAAUUGAUAAUAACAACUACGACCGAACCAGAGAGGAUAAACGGAGAACGUACGACACAGGCCGUCAGAAUCCACCGGAUCCCAUACCCAAUAGGCCCUUGCGGGGCAGCAGGGGAUACGAGAAUAAGUCAACCUCCUCCGCCGACACCAUCAACCAGAGGAGCAAGCCCGUUGGAAUGGGAGGAAGCAGAACCGGUCGUCAAUCUCCCAGCACUAGCAGCAGCAGCAGCAGCGAUCUUUUCUUAUUCGAUAAAUUUGGCCACGACGGUGAUGACGAGGAGGAGAAAAAUACGAAGAAGCAAUCCUCUCAAAAGCAAUAUUCCCGACCUCAACCUUCGAAGCAGGAGCAGGAGCAGGAGCAGGGCCACGAUUUUCUUGAAAAAUUCAAGCUUGGGUUUGAUAAAGGGGACAAGCAUCUCCCGUUGCGUAAACAAGAAGAGGACAAGGAGAUGAAAGCUUCCCCACCUCCUCCUCAAGACGUGGACGAGAUAUUCAAGAAAAUGAAGGAAACAGGCCUCAUUCCCAAUGCCGUGGCAAUGCUUGAUGGCCUCUGCAAGGAUGGGCUAGUCCAAGAAGCCAUGAAGCUUUUUGGUCUGAUGCGCGAGAAGGGUACCAUCCCUGAAGUCGUGAUAUACACAGCUGUGGUCGAAGGUUUCUGCAAGGCCCAAAAAAUGGAUGAUUCUAUGAGGAUUUUCAGGAAAAUGCACAACAACGGGAUCUCUCCCAAUGCAUUCAGUUACACCAUCUUGAUUCAAGGCCUCUACAAAGCUAAGAGACUGGAGGAUGCACUUGAUUUCUCUGUGGAAAUGCUGGAGGCUGGUCAUUCCCUCAACUUGGCUACCUUUGCGGGUUUGGUUGAUGGGUUUUGCAGGGAAAAGGGUUUAGAAGAUGCCCGGAGCAUCAUUGGAGCAUUGACGCAGAAAGGGUUCUCUUUUGACGAGAAAGCUGUUCGAGAGUAUCUGGACAAGAAAGGGCCAUUCUUGCCACUGGUUUGGGAGGCAAUAUUUGGAAAGAAAAGCUCGCGGAGACCUUUAUGAGUUUUCCUGUCAGAGUCAUACAUAUUGUGAACAUGGUAUGCAUGAAGUGGAUCAACCAAUUCAUAUUCUCAGGGAUGCAAAUUCACAGAAGCUUAACAUAGUCCCAUUAAUAGAAAUGCACUAAUUGAUGGUAGAGGCACAUGAUUGCAUGUUGCUGACGGAGGUACAACAUUCUGUCAUUUAUUUUCUGUUCUCCUGUAUUGAGCGCAUAAGGAUUUUAUUUCUUGUUAUAACAUUGAGCAUAGGCAAUGUUGCCGUAUACUGACAAUAGCUUUUGUAAUCGGUUGGAUUUUAGAUUUGGUACGGUGAAUGAGCCAAAUGUGAUUGAUGAACAUCCUUUUCUUAAGGGGGAGAUGCUGUGGAAAUGGGGCUUGUAUAAAUUUUAGUUAUCAAAUAAGAGAUCUGAAUAUUAUGGGGGUGUUUA